AUGGAGACUGAACAACAGGAGGAGACCUUUACUAACACAGAGACAAAUGGUAAAUUUGGCAAACGUCCUGCAGAAGAUAUGGAAGAAGAACAGGCCUUCAAAAGAUCUCGGAAUACAGAUGAGAUGGUUGAAUUACGUAUCUUGCUUCAAAGCAAAAAUGCUGGAGCAGUGAUUGGAAAAGGUGGCAAAAAUAUUAAGGCACUUCGUACAGAUUACAAUGCCAGUGUUUCAGUCCCAGACAGCAGUGGCCCCGAGCGCAUCUUGAGUAUAAGUGCAGAUACAGAGACAAUUGGAGAAAUCUUGAAGAAGAUUAUCCCUACUUUAGAAGAGGUAUGUCUCUUAGGUUUAAAAACCUUAACAAAAAAACAAAACUAGUAUUUUGAUUUUUCAGUUAUUUUUUUCCCCUGACUAAUAUUUUAUUCUUUCCUUGUAUGCAUCUUACAGUAUCAACACUACAAAGGUAGCGACUUUGACUGUGAAUUAAGACUUCUAAUUCACCAAAGUCUAGCAGGAGGAAUUAUUGGUGUCAAGGGUGCUAAAAUCAAAGAACUCAGAGAGAACACUCAGACCACCAUUAAGCUUUUCCAAGAGUGUUGUCCUCAUUCCACUGAUAGAGUGGUGCUUAUUGGUGGAAAACCUGAUAGAGUUGUGGAAUGUAUCAAGAUUAUCUUGGAUCUUAUCUCUGAGUCUCCAAUUAAAGGACGGGCCCAGCCUUAUGAUCCCAAUUUCUAUGAUGAAACAUAUGACUAUGGUGGCUUCACAAUGAUGUUUGACGAUAGAAGGGGACGUCCAGUAGGCUUUCCAAUGCGUGGAAGAGGAGGCUUUGAUCGAAUGCCUCCUGGUCGUGGUGGACGACCUAUGCCUCCAUCAAGAAGAGAUUAUGAUGAUAUGAGCCCUCGCAGAGGACCUCCACCACCACCGCCAGGUCGUGGUGGCAGAGGUGGCAGCAGAGCUCGUAAUCUUCCUCUUCCUCCUCCACCACCUCCUCGUGGCGGAGAUCUUAUGUCUUAUGACCGAAGGGGUAGACCUGGAGACCGUUAUGAUGGAAUGAUGAUGCAGUGUCACGUGGAUGCCUGUGAUGACAUGCAGCCACCAGAGUUGUUUGAGGGUGGCUCUGGAUAUGACUAUUCUUACACAGGGGGCCGUGGUUCAUAUGGAGAUCUUGGUGGACCCAUCAUCACAACACAAGUAACGAUUCCCAAAGAUUUGGCAGGAUCUAUUAUUGGAAAGGGAGGCCAGAGAAUCAAACAAAUACGUCAUGAGUCAGGAGCUUCAAUCAAAAUUGAUGAACCACUAGAAGGCUCAGAAGAUCGAAUAAUAACUAUUACGGGAACACAGGACCAGAUACAAAAUGCUCAGUAUUUACUGCAGAACAGUGUGAAGCAGUAUGCAGAUGUUGAAGGAUUCUAAUGCAAGAUUAUUUUUUCUUUUUUAUAGUGUG